AAUGGCGAGUGAUUCCAUCACUCCAAUGGCGUCUGGACAAGACCUGGGGGGCCGAUCUAGAUUUGCCAAACUUGGAAUGGCAACAAACGAUGUGUUAAAUCAGGCAUACAGAGAUAUACUAGAGAUGGAGGUCCCCCCUUCCCUUAUUUAUAACAAAGUGAAAGCAUCACCAAAUUUUUACAGAAGAUUGCGCCCUGAACAAGGGCAACUCUUGAUAAAUGCUACACAUUCGGGAUAUAAAAACUUUGACAUUUCAUUAACAUACCAAUUGAUCAGAAACAUUUGUUCAAAGAUCCCUAAACCGACAAAAGGAAAGUGGGGAGAAGAGCCAGAAGCAGGAGAAGUGACCGUAGGAGAUGAUAUCGAGAGAAUUAGGUCAAUCCGGAAUGGUUUGACAGCAAAUGUGAGCUCAGCCUCCACACCUGAAGCAGAAUUCAACCACACCUGGUCGACGAUGUCAGAUAUCUGCCAAAGAUUGGAAACCUUCACUGGAAAGAAGUACCUGGAUCAGCUUAAUCUUUUUCAUAAACUGACGAUCAGAGGGGAAACUGAAACUGAAGAUAAUCCGAUAGAAAAGACUAAAAUGAGAAAGGAGAAUGGCCGAACUAGAUUUGCCAAACUCAAAAUGGCAACAAACGAUGUGUUAAAUCAGGCAUACAGAGAUAUACUAGAGAUGGAGGUUUCACCUUCUGACAUUGAGAACAAAGUUAGAGCGUCACGUGUUUAUAAAAGAUUGCGCCCAGAAAGAGCAUACCUUGAAGGAUGCUAAACAUUCGGGAUAUAAGAAUUUUGACAUCUCAUUAACAUACACAUUGAUCAGAAACAUUUGCAAAAAGAUCCCUAAACCGACAAAAGGAAAAUGGGGAGAGGAGCCUGUAGCUGGAGAAGUGACCGUGGGAGAUGAUAUUGAGAGAAUUAGGUUAAUCCGGAACAGUUUAACAGCACAUGUAAGC